CGGGACGUAGAUUGCACAGUCGCAGCACAACAUCACGACGGGUUCACGCACGCCGCUACCGCCUCCGCAGCCGCCGCCACAAACGCAUAAACAUCACACUCGCGGCAUGCUGAAAUUCCGACCUACACCGCCAUGAUUACAAUCCGCCUGAUAAACGACACAUGAUCAAUCGAGAAGAAAUAAUCACAACGUGUUAUUCAAUUAUUGUCAGUUUGAUAUCAAUGGAAUAUGUGAUUGCGAGUGGUGAAUCGACGCCGACGGACAAAAGGUAGACAAAGCAAUUGAAUAACUUGUGAAAUGGGUGCGAAUCAAUCCGGACGUCUGCACAAAUCGUUUUCCUACGGCGAAGAAGUCAACUUUGAUCAGUUCCAAAUCCUACGUGCGAUAGGAAAAGGAAGCUUUGGCAAAGUAUGUAUUGUUCAAAAGAAAGACUCCAAGCAAAUGUUUGCAAUGAAAUACAUGAACAAACAGCAAUGCAUCGAACGAGACGCGCUGAAAAAUGUUUUGAGGGAAGUUGACAUACUCACACGACUGGAGCAUACAUUUUUGGUGAAUAUGUGGUUUUCUUUUCAAGAUGAAGAAGAUUUAUUCAUGGUGACAGAUUUGUUGCUCGGCGGAGAUUUGCGUUACCACAUGGCACAAGAAGUCAAUUUCACCGAGGAUGCUGUUAUGUUGAUCGUGCAAGAAUUGGCACUAGCUUUAGAUUAUCUACAGACCAAGCACAUUGUGCACAGAGAUAUUAAACCUGACAAUAUUUUAUUAGACGAAGAAGGUUUUGCACACAUCACAGAUUUUAAUAUUGCAACCAUUUUGGAUGAGUCACAAAUAGCGACAUCUAUGUCCGGCACAAAACCGUACAUCGCGCCGGAAAUCUUUGAUUGUGCGCUUGAUUUAUCACCUGGAUACUCGUAUUCUGUUGAUUGGUGGUCUUUAGGCGUGGUUGCAUUUGAGAUGUUAGAAGGUCACAGACCAUUCCCGAUUCACUCACAAACAACAGUCGAAGAAGUGCGAGAUAUGUUCAAAGUUGGUUAUGAUACGCCUAAAGAAUGGAACAUGAAUACAAAAAAUCUUCUCUCAAAACUACUCUGUAUCAAUCCUGAUGAACGAAUUUCUUCUAUUGAUAAACUCAAACAAAUGCCAUGUUUGACAAGUGUUGAUUUUGAAUCAAUUGAACAAAGAAAAGUUAAACCCUUGUAUGUUCCACCACGGGAUCAUUUAAAUUGCGAUCCUACUUUCGAGCUUGAAGAAAUGAUCAUUGAAGCGAGGCCUCUGCACAAAAAGAAGAAACGACUGGCUAAGCAAAGAUCAGUACGGGAAAUACAAGCAACUGUUGAACCAGAAAGAGAGUUGUCUCUAGAUCAAAACCCCACAAUCAUACCCGAAUUUAAAAUUUACAAUCGUUACCACGAGUUGGCGCGUCGUGAACGUGAACGUAAAGAACAAGCGUGGGAGCGCGAGCUGCAAAACGCAAUGAACUCCUCGAAUCCGCUAGAAGUCCUGCCCGAAAACAGUGCCGCCAUGCACACCUGCCAGAGUUGUCCGAAACUGGUUACCCGGCAGGAAAGCGAUGUCACCGCAUCACCACGCUCUGGUAAACUGCAGAAGAUGGCCAGCUACGAUUCGGCGAUCAAAGUGAGCACAAAGAUCAAACAUGGCUGCCGCAGUUUCUCAAUCAAAUCGAGCGAUAUCCAUAACAAGGGUGACGAUCUCCUGCAGAAGGUCCAAUGUUUGGACUUUAUAGACCGGACGCCUUCACCGAACGAUCGAACGGCGGAUAAAAAAUGAACAAAAGUGCAAUUACGAUGGCGAAUUUAAAUCUAUACUGGCCUUUAAAACCUAAGAAUUUAUAUAUUUAUUAAGAGGAAUCUCAAAUUCAAUUCUAGACACACACACACCUAGCGGACUAAUAAGUAACUGUGAGUAGACAUUGAAGAAAUUUUAAAAUGUAAAGAACCAAAUCGUCAACAAAACAAAAUAUGAACUAUUAAUUAAACAAAUGAAACAUUCGCGAAUCUUUACAACGGAAUGUACACACGAUAUAUGAAUAUUUACAAAACAAAACAAAAACACACACAAAUCCAAUUUAAAGAUCAAGUCCAAGCAUAUUUUCACGCAGAGGGGGGCCAAACAUAACCUACGUUCAUAACCUUCACACAGCGCGGCAUUGUUUUACACCAAAUUUAUAUGUAUAACUUAUUUUUGUUACGAGGCAAAUAUCAACACACAUUAUCUCAUCCCCAGAGGCAAAAAAUCAAACCUAGAACCUAGAUGAAUGUUAGUGAUAUUAAAUCGAUAUCAAAAUCAAGCAUUUUGAAAAAAUAAAUUUAUUGUUAAUCACAUCCAAUAACAAAGAAAAACUCUUUAUAAAUAAUUAUAAAAGCAAAAACAAUUCUGAAGCACACGCAUGCGCAUUGUAAACUUAUUUUUAUGGAAUGUACGACCAUCGUUUCAAUACAAGUGAAAAUGAACUUAA